UGUGCUUCCUGCAGUCCUGUAGAAGAGGCUAAAGAUGACGAUGUGUCUCGACUGGAGGAAGUCCUGCAGAGGGAGAAAGAGGUGUGGGAUGAGGCUGUGUUUAGGCAGGGCGUUAGCUACGCGCUGUUGAAAGUGGCCCAGAGAGGAAGACUAGCGGCCGCCAGAACUCUACUGCACCACGGAGCACUGCUGGACUUCGAAGACCCGGUGUCGUACUACUCAUCUCUCCACAUGGCUGUAAUGGGCGUCCACCCCCACAUGGUGGAGCUGUUGGUGCAACAUGGAGCCGAUAUCAACAGGAGAGACAGGGUGCAUGAGAGCAGUGCGUUAGAUCUGGCAGCAGAGGAUUGUGGGAGGCUGCCGUGUGUGAAGACCCUCCUCCAGCUUGGAGCCGACGUCAACGCAUGCGAUGACAACGGUAAGACUGCUCUUCUGCAUGCGUUGGGCAAUAGUGAUCCCGUCAGGAAUGACAACAGCGAAAACAUCAGACUUCUACUGGAAGGAGGUGCGCGUGUGCGUGUGAGAACGCGUGACGGUGACGACACCUUGUGGUGGGUUGUGGAAUUCCUUCAGCAGUUCUCGAAGGAGGCGGAGCUAUCUUCCGACGAGGCCGACGCCUUUGGAGCGUUCUGCACACGCGUCAUCAGCAUGCUGUUGGACCAUGGAGCACACAUCCACUCAGACGUGUGUCCGGAGAGUGGGGUGUCCAGGGGGGAUGUGGAUCUGGAGGAGGCCAUCUCUCUGGGUCGCUCGCUGCUCUGCCGUUUCCCGCUGCUCUUCCCUCUCUGUGUCUCCCUACUGAGCCGUGGCGUCUCCCUCAGUGCAAUAUGCUGCUGUCACCUCGAGAACCCCGCACUAGAGUGUGCGCCGUGCGAUUCUGGAGUAGAGGUGUUGUUGUCUCAACUCGAGCGGCGAUUGGGUCGUAAUCCUAAUCUGGAUUGUGCGGCGCAGUCGGAGGUUCUGGAGAAGGCCUUGGCUCUGCUGGACAUCUCGGAGGCCUGCUGUGCGAGGCCGGGAUUCGACCAGGGCCUCAAGUCGGCCGCGAGCCGCACCAACCCCCCUCUCCCCGCCUCACACCCCGCUCAGCAGAUCAGGCAGAGAUUACACGACGAGCGCAACCAACCAUGCGCACUCACACGCCUGUGCAGGCGGUUUCUACGGCGACAGCUAGCCACGCCCCUGGAGGACAGCGUAGCCUUGUUGCCCCUCCCCCCUCGCCUCCAGGACUUCCUGGUUCCAGAAGUCAGCUUCCUGCGACGACCCAGCUGGGACCGCCUAAGACGCAGCCCUGACCUAUCACAGCCCAGCUCACCACAACCUGACGAAUCACAACCUUCCUCACCACAACCUGACGAAUCACAGCCCUCCCUAGCCACAACCUGACCAAUCACAGUCCAGCAAAGGCAAAGCGCAGUAGCUACACAUUUUGUCGAAACUGAAUUUAAACUGAAAAUGGUCUUCAUGUCACUUCCUUUAUCAUGUGACAAAGCCUUAUGGUCUGAAUGUGCAUCGUUUAAGAGAUAUUGCAAUGUUAGAUGUGCAGUAACUUCAAUGUCCAAUCUAAUGCCAAGGCUUUGAAGGCAUUUUUCUCAGUUUCCAAUGUGUGUCUUGGAGUUAGAAGGGUGCCUUGGUUCAUUCAUGUGUGUAUGGUUGUGUGCGAGCAUGUGUGUUUACGUGUGUGUGUGUGUGUGUGUGUGUGUGUGUGUGGGGGUGUGUGUGUGUGUGUGUGUGUGUGUGUGUGUGUGUGUGUGUGUGUGUGUGUGUGUGUGUGUGUGUGUGUGUGUGUGUGUGUGUG